GCGCCGGCCCGGCUGCCGGGGCAAGGGGCGUGCGGCAGCAGCGCUGGGUGUUCGCGGGGGCAGCAGGAGUGCCGCUUCCCCGCCUCAGUAGUGUCUGGGGAGCUGCCGCCCUUGCCUUGGCGCUGGCGGUGAGGUCGGGGGAAAGUCGCAGGAGGCACGAACCGCCCAGCUGCUCCGCAGCCAUGGUUUGCCCUCAGCGCGGCGCAAGUCCCGGCUGCCCUCGGGACGGAGGGGAACGGGGAACAACGGGAACAGCGCCCUGAGAAGAGGGGGUUUGGUAGGUUUAAAAAGUGCUAAUUCUCCUUGGAUAAAUGAACAAGAAAUUUAAGACAAAAUUACAAAAUAGUGGAGGAAAGCUGUAAAGCCAAGAAUGAACAUGAAAGGUUUAAAAAUGUCUGAUCUGAAAGAUAUUGUACACAGAACCCAUUGUAUUGAAACACUGCUGUCUGAGAACAAUUUGCAAGAUAUUGAGGAUCAUCUUAAAGAACUUUCAGAUGUUGAUAUGACUGUAGAAUAUCUUCAGGGGACAGAAGUUACCAAGGCUGUAUAUAGAGUACUCAAGAGCUGCCCUUCAGGAGAGUUGAAAAAGAAAGCAAAGCAGUUAUUGUCAAGGUGGAAAACUCUUUACAAGAAUAACUGUGCUCAGUCAGUGCAAGUUAAAAAGUCAGUUUCAGUGUGUGUGAAAAAAGAAAUUGAGCAUCUCAGUGUAGUUCCUAGAGAGGAGUCACUGUCUGAAGGACCAUGUCAGCAGGAGGCAUUAGAUGGCACUAGUUCCAACACUUUGGUCCCAUCACAAACUGUUAAAAAUGUGGUACAUAACAAUGCAGAAGGCAGUAUUAAUCAGCAUUCUUCUUUUGAGGAACAACACACUGUUCAUGAAGAUUCUAAAUCUGUCAUCAGCGAAGCAAGUCUGCAGCAGGAUCUGAUGAGAGCUCUGAGGUGUAAAUGUGUGGAUCUUCUUUACAAAGCUUUGAUUGGUUCUGCCAAAGAUGAAGAAGAAACUGUUAAAUGGCUAGAGUUAGCUAAAGAAAUUGAAGAACAUAUUUUUGCCCUUCACGCUAAAAAUGACAAAAAGUAUAAAAAUUGCAUCAGAAGUAAAAUCUCUAACCUUAAGAACCCUAAAAGUUGCCACUUAAAGCAUAACCUUUUUUCAGGAACUUUGAGCCCAAAGGCUUUUGCUGAGAUGACAGUGAUGGAAAUGGCCAGUGAUGAACUGAAACAGCUCAGGGCUCUGUACACAAAAUCAUCUGUUCAGGAACAUCAGCUUCCGCAGGUGAUUAAUGGCACACAGACAAACAAAAUAAAGUGCAGACGCUGUGAAAAAUUUGAUUGCACUGUCACUAUGAUUGCCAGAGGAACUCUCUUUCUUCCAGCUUGGGUGCGAAACACAAAUCCAGAUGAACAAAUGUUGACGUACGUUAUUUGUAAUGAAUGUGGAGAACAGUGGUAUCACAGCAGAUGGAUUUGUUUGUAAUGCUGUCCCUCUAUAAAAAGGGGCUUGGAAAUGUGUAUGACAACUUACCUCUUUUGAAACUCUGUAAUUUAAAAUCCUGUGCUGAUACUAUGUGGGUGCUGCCACUAAAAACUGCAAAAUCAGUUUGAAAAAACUGCUAAUGUGUUUGUAAAGAUGGCUUGAACGAAUUAAUUAACGAAUGUUUUUAAGUAAUGUAAAUAUGUAAAGAAAUAAAAGGAUAAAGGGAAAAAAUGGUUACACUGUAUCUGAGUGGAAUAUUGGCUAGUAAAUCCGUUAAAAUUAUUCCAAGUGCUGAGUUUUUUCCUGAAGGGUCUGGAUACUUGGAAAUUUUUUUUAACUUCAGGAGGAGUUCUUUCAUGGAAUGUAAGUUUCAUUUACAGUAAACAGUUUCCAAAACUGCAGUUCACAUACUUAUGUGCAUUGCAGAAUGUUCAGCAUGGAUUCACUCCUUAAUUAAAUCACUUUUUGCAAGCGUUAGAUUAUUACGUUGGUUUGAGAGGUGAUUUCUAACAGGGAAAAAAGAAAUUAAAAGUAGACUGUUAAAGGGGGUAAAAAGCAGCUAGCAGAUGAAAGCAAGAAUGAGAUUCUGCUUUAGAAUUAGUUAUGAGAAGGAAAACAGGACUUGUGACAGUCUAUCAGUAUGCAGCUUGAAUUUACAGUGUAAGAUGGUGUGUCCUGCUACUGCAAAGAAAUUAACGCAAGAUCAGACAAUGGAUUAUUUCAGAAAAUGAUGUAAUAAAUGAGUUAAUAACUUUCUUGAGUGGAUAUCCUCUCUGGAACUGGGACAUCUGUCCUGAACUGAGAAAAUUAAUGUUUCUAUAUAGUGCACAUUACCCACAAACAGUGAAUAGAAGGAAAUCCAAUAGCAGAAGUUUUUAUGCAUACUUUUGUUCCAGAGUCAACAGGAUUCUCACUCAUCAUUCACUAGAAGUAUUUAUUAAAAAAAAAAAAAUCUUCUCACUAAAGUAAGUUACCUGUAUCUUUUACAAAUGCACAACAGGCAUUUAGCACUUCAAGGUUAAAAUAUAUCAGCAGAGCAGAGGAACCUGCUGAGUAUUUGCUGGAGGAAUUGAGGACAGUUCUGCACCCAUCUGGCUGUGAUGUAGCUGAGGCUGUGACAUAGCUGCAUGACCUCUCAGAGAAAGGAGAUGGGGGCAUGAGAUGAGAAAAUAGGUAUUGAUGAACUAAAUGCCAACCAGGACUGAAAGAUGAACCCUUAUCUGUAUAUGGGGAAAUUUAUGUGUAACCUGAUAUUACAAAGAGACAUUUAAAGUAUUCUACUGAAAAAAAAAAGAAAAGUCUAUUCUGUGAAGGGUUAACAGUUACCUUUCAGCAGCAUUAGUUAGAUUUUUAGCAUGUAAAAACCUGUGGUUUUGGGGAAUUGCACUGAUGUAAAAUACACGUUAAAGCUUUAGGCCAGACCCUCAGUGUUCAGCUGUGUAACCAAGGCCUUCCUUCCCAACCCUUACUUGUGUGCUGGAAUUGAUGCUUAUGAGUAGUCCUGCUUAAGUGACAGUACUUUUGUGUAAAGUAUUAUUGUUAGCUUUCAGUGAAACUACAGGAAAGCAAACACUCCUGUGUUAGUGGAUCACAGCAUGAACAGGAUUGUGUGCAUUCAUUUUGAAGGUCAUGGUCCUGUUGAGGAGAGCUUUAUGCCAGCAUUGUGCUGUGUCAGAACACCAUGUAGCAGAAGACUUUAUUUUAGCUCUGAACAACUUAUAAAUAAUUUCUGCCUGCAGUUGGUUUUGAAGCCAUUCCAGUAAUGUACAGCUCAUCCAAGUUUUAUCUUGGAAAAGGGAAAUAUUACAAGGCAUGGAGGGUGUUUCUGACAGAAUAUAUUUCAAGGGUAAAAUUUGUAUCUGUAACACUGACUACAUUUGUGACAUAAUGUGUAACAUCAUUUUCUUUUGAACUGCCUGUCACUAAAUGUAUAACUGUGCAGGUUUAAAAUAUUCGUCUGGCUAAGAUUAUAUGCUAUAUUAUACGCUUUGUCUCAAGAUGUCUUUAAAAAGCAAACAUGCAACUACAUAGUGUGUACAAGAGCAGGAGGGUGUAGAUCACUGGAGUACAGGAAGUAGAAUCCAGAAACAAAGGAAAAGCUUUGAAAAAUGAGAUUCUUUUAUAUUGCUGAUGUAUUUUUUUUUCAGUUCAUUCCGGGUGAGAAGAAGAUCUCUGAACUUUUUUAAGUAGAGACCAUUAAUUUGGGUAUGAUGUUUAGCAUGUCUGUGCUGCUACUCCUACAAGGAGUGUGUUGGUAGAUGUGAUCCCCACAAACAGAGGACAAAUACAUGCUUAACAAGGCUAAAGUCUGUAUUUGUCUCCAUGGGGUUUUCCAGAAAUGCUGUAAAUUCAACUCCUUGAAUCCUGUGAUUUAAAAGCAGCAAAAAGGUCUUAAACAUAAAUUGCUCUCAAAGAUCAAGCAGCCUGUAGCUGCAGAACUUGUGAUACAUAUUUCAAGAAGAUGAGAACUGAAUUAACAAUGAAUUUCACACAAUUUUCAAUGUAAAAAACAAAGACACUAUUCUCUAUCUGAAAUGCUCUAUUAAUUGUAGUCAAUGUCGCUCCCUUAACACGAGUAACAAAACUCCUUCUGGUUCCUGGAGAUCCCCUGCCAGAUCCACUUCCAUCUGUUCUGUUGAGUGCCUUUUCCAUCUCUGUCAUAUCCCUCUUACUGUUCACUUUUUGGGGAGGUACUCAGCUGCCAUUUGUUGUUUAUAACUCUUUGUUCUUUUCAAAACCAAAAGGAAAUUUUUGCUGUUUAUUUUUCAUUUAAAGUGUAUUCCUUUCUGUCUGCUGUGCUGUCUACAUUUGCUACUAAAGCAAAGAACUGCAGCUCUUUAAACAAAAACCAGCUCUUUUUUUUGUGCCAAGAAGAAAAGUUAGCUGGUAACCGGCUGUGGUUAAGGAGCAAAUAUUACAGUCCUUCAGGGAAUCUUCAGGGUGUAAUGGUCCAAUUCACUGACUGCCUGGAAGAUAAGGAAAGAAACAAGAGCACUUUGAUAAAUUCUUGGAUUGCUUGAGAGCUGGCUUGCUGCUUCUGGUUUUAAAAGAGCCAUAAAUGACUUCAUAUCCCCUUAUUUUGUGCUGUUGUAAUUCAUCCAAGAGGUGACAAAGUCAUGUUUUACUGAGGCCAUGUCAUCCCUUGCCAGGAUGGGACAUAGUCUCCUUGCCAGCUACAGAUGGUAAAAAGUAUUAUUCACAAGCUCUUAUUAUAAGAGAGCUUUGCUGAUACAGAACUUCCUCCUACUCACAAAAAGUUGCCCUUUAUUUGCCAUUGGAUGUUUUUUGUGCUGUUUUCUCUGACAUGGCAUAACAACAUGAAUACACCUCUGUGAACAAAAUCCCGAAAGUGCAAGGUCAGCUUUCAGAGUGAGGGGGCAGCAAGGGUGGGUUGCUGCACAGGGGGAGGCGAGCCAGGGGAGGAUGGUGGGUGACAAGACAUGCAGGGACAGUGACUUCAGUUGUAAGGGUCACUGUCCUGCAGCACCCAAACAAGAGCAAGGCAGGUCCAGUGACAAUGAUCUGCCAAAACUCCAGUGAGAACCGGGCAAGCCUGGGGACGUGCUGUCGGACGGAGAUUGGUGCACAAGGUGGGGUGCAGGAACAGGGCCACCAGGCUUGUACAGUGCCUGAGCCAAAACGGGGCUCUUGCUGGCAGUGGGAUUCUGAAGCACUGCCCCAGCCCUGCUCCCCCACAUGGGAUGGUCAGACAGCGGCCUCGGACAGGAGCAGCCCCACAGCAGCCUCCACUGGGAUCCUGCCUGUCUGCAGAAUUUAAACAGGAGUGAUUUUGGUGCGCUUGUUUUAAACUGUGUCCUAACUGGGAGUGUUCUUCUGUCUGACCUCCGGACUGGCAGGUGUGCUUCAUGUGACCAGCCCCAUUAUUUGUUCUACAAUUUGUGUUGUUCUGUAGCAACUAUUGUGUUUGUUACAUAUAUAGUAUGUAACAGAGUGGACACAAGGAAAAGGCCUUCAGUUCCUGAUCCUCAAGCACUCAUUCAUGUGUAUUAACCAUGAGAGUAGCCCUACCAUGCUCCAUUGUGCCUAUAAAAUCAUAAGCAUAGUAGCCAUGGUUACACCAUGGUUCUUUUCUAUUUUCUUAUAUGUUCCCA